AUGGCCCAAGAUAUCGAGACAGAAAAACCCAUAGUCAGGGAAGUGUCCAAAAUUGCAGAAGAAAAGCCGGCCUUUGCAGAUGCAGCACUAAGCUUUCUGCAUGAAGUGGGAGAGUUAACAUUCACGGAAGAUGAAGAAAAGAAACUUGUUCGAGUCGUUGAUUGGAUGAUUUUGCCACUGCUGGCCGCUGUAUACUUUUUACAGUUUCUGGACAAAAAUCUCAUCAAUUUUGCGAACAUCAUGGGCCUCGGAAAAGAUACGAAUUCUACACCAUCUCAAUUCUCUGACCUUGCACUAGUAUUUUAUGUCGCUUACCUCGUUAGUGAGCCAUUGAGCAGCUUUCUAUUACAGAGGCUGCCAGUGGCGAAGCUUUUAGGCAUAAACGUCAUCUUAUGGGGGCUGUGCCUGGCCUUGAAUAGUGUAUGCAAAACAUAUGCUUCACUGGUCGCAUUGAGGGUGCUGUUGGGAAUUUUUGAAGCUUGCGUGUCGCCCAGCAUGAUCAUAAUCAGCUGCAUGUGGUACAAGAGAAGAGAGCAACCCCUCCGAAUCGGCUUCUGCUGUGGGACAGUCGGACUUGGCAUCAUUGUUGGAGCAUUAUGCUCUUAUGGCUUCCAGCAUUACCACGGCAACGUUUUCAAAAGCUGGCAGAUCAUGUUUCUCGUCUUUGGCCUUGUCACUAUUGCGGUCGGCAUUUUGCUGCUGAUAUUUUUGCCAGACAAUCCAAUGACCUCGCGACUGAGCAACAGACAAAAGGCAAUCGCCAUCAUCCGACUGAGAAACGAUACUACAGGGAUUGAGAAUAAGACCUUCAAACUUUCGCAAUUUCUCGAAGCUCUUCGUGAUCCCCAUACUUGGUUAAUAUGUCUAUUGACCACUGCCAUUAACAUACCAAACGCCGCCGUAAGCACAUUUCAGGCAACGAUCAUUCAAGGCCUUGGGUACACUGCAACGCAAGCUGCCUUAAUUAGCAUCCCGAGCGGUGUCAUCGGGAUAAUAGCCAUUUGGGGGGCGUCAUAUACAUCGUUCAAGUUCAACAAUAGAUCGGUGGUAAUAAUCUUACUAGUUGCAGCCGGAAUUCUUGGCGGUGGUCUUAUGGCUUUUUUGCCUAGCCAGGAGAAGGUUGGUAGACUAAUUGGAACAUAUCUCACUAAUACUAUUCCAUCAACUACGCCAAUUAUUUACUCCUGGGUUGCCGCAAAUAUUGCCGGACACACCAAAAAAAUCACAGUUAAUGCAAUGCUUUUGAUGGCAUUCUGCCUAGGAAACAUCAUAGGCCCACUGACGUUCACAAACCCACCGGCGUAUACUGCAGCGAAGAUUACAAUUGUUGCCGUUCUAUGUUUUGCAGUGGCUAUUGCGCUUCUUUUAGUCCAUCUCUACCACCGAAAUAAUGUACGGCGGAUGCUUCUCAGCUCCGGGGAUAACAGCCAAGCAACUGCCGACAGUUCUUUUCUGGAUCUUACCGACCAAGAAAAUGAAAACUUCAUAUAUAUACUUUGA